AUGCAUCCCCCGAAGCCUCGUAAGGCUGCAGGUGAGUACCCGCAGCCCCGAGCACCUUCGCAUCCGCGGCCAAAGAGCCUGCCACAAACACAGGAGAGCCAAUUAUUAAAGGCGUUCUGCUAUGCAAGAGAUAACUACGGGGAAUAUCUCAAUGAUCUGGCAGCAGCAAAAAGGCUUCGAGCACAGUAUGGUCCUAGUUUUGAUUAUAUUCUCGAGCGGAUGACGAACCUGAAAGACAUGCUGCCCACGUCUAUACAAGCCAAUGUCCAGCACAGCACCCCAGGAAACCGUGGGCGUAAGCCGGCUAACCGAGACAAGCUGAUAUUGCCUACGACCAAAAGCUCAUGCUAUCUUCGAUUGGGACACGAUGCUACCUCCAUUGUAGACUCUAUAUCUUUGACCAAAAACGCGGUUAACAUAGCAACCAAUGACGGCAUUGUAAGUAUUAGGUCUCGAAUUCUAACCCAGGGGUAA